AAGAGUCAGUUUCAAUUGAAAGGAUGAUUAUGUACGUCGUUGUGAGGUUACUCAUGCUGCUGUUGAAAGGAAAAUAUGUCACUAGAUUAACGUUAAAGUUCGAAAAUGUGAAAAUUUUGUGUUCGGUUUGUGUUGGAAUUUACGAUGCCGAAAGGCAUAAACUGUAUUUUUUUGGUUUGUUUAUGUGUUAUAAUUUCGCAAGGUAAAUUCGAAGUAUCCUGCGGAGACGUUUGCAACACCGAUGGAUGUGUCAAGACAGCUGAACUGCUUCAACAAAGUAUGGAUAUGAACGUAGAUCCUUGCGAAGAUUUUUAUAGCUUUGCCUGCGGUGGUUUUAUUUCGGAUACAGAAAUUCCUAAAAACACAUUGGGAAUAAAUUCGUUCAGUAUUAUCAGAGAAAAGACAUUUGAACAAAUUCAUGAAAUUUUAUCCGAAACUAUUCACGAAGGCGACAUCGAACCUUUUCGAAUCGCUAAACAGUUUUUCAAAGAUUGUUUAGAUGAAGAAACUAUUUCUACUCAUGGACUGCAACCAAUUGCUGACAAAAUCCAAGAACUAGGAGGUUGGCCAGUCGCUGAAGAUGUUUGGAAUGGUGAUGAAUUUUCAUGGAUCGACGUUGUAGGUAAAUCCAGACAGAUGGGGUUCGCCAGCAAUUAUAUUUUAUCAUUCGAUAUUGAAACUAAUCUUUUGAAUAGUAGUUCGAGGGUUAUAUACGUAAGUCCGCCAGAUCUAGCACUUCCUGUUUAUAAUUUAAGAGCUGGUAUAGACGACAGCAAAGUCAAGUUGUAUUUCAAGCUGAUGCUAAAUUUAGCAACAAAGUUUCAAGUUCCAAUAAAGAAAGCUUUGGUAGAAUUAGCGUCAGCGUUACAGUUCGAGAUUAAAUUAGCUCAGUAUUUUCCUACAGUAUCGGAUAAAAAAGAAGAUAUAGCUAAGACUUUUCUAGCGAUGUCGAUAUCUGAAGCUCAGCAACGUUAUCCAUCGAUCGAAUGGAUGCAUUUUAUUCGAAGCAUGCUUAAUCCUUCGGUUUCUGUAUCAGAAUCUGAAACCAUUGUAAUCGCGUAUCCAGAAUUUAUAACGAAUGUGCAAGGUUUACUCGAGUCGACUUCUAAAAGAACUUUAGCCAAUUACUUCAUUUGGCGAACAUUGUUUUUUUCGCUCAAUUCGUAUCUGAUUGUUUCGGAUUCACCAAGAUGGAAGAGUUGUGUAGCAGUCACUGCUGAUAAAAUGAAUUUGGCUGUAGCAUCGAUGUACGUUCGUAAAUACUUCAGCGAUGAACGUAAAAAAAACACAAUUGCAAUAUCAAAAAGCAUCAAAGGAAAAAUGCACGAAACGUUAUCAAAUUGUUACUGGAUUGAUGAAGCUACGAAAAAACAUGCUUUGGAGAAAAUUAACGCGAUGACUGAAAAUGUUGGCUAUCCUGAUAUACUUCUCAGCAAUGAACAAUUAACCCAGAUCUACGAAGGUCUUCAAGUACACCCGGGACAAUAUUACGAAUCGUUAUUGACGAUUAAAAAAUUCAUCAUCGAUUUUACGAUAUCAACGUUGAAAAGACCAGUAAUAAAAGACGAUUGGCUGUCUUAUGAGAAUCCUUUGAUUGUAAACGCGUUUUAUGCUCUUCCUGAAAACAGUAUAAAAAUUCCAGUGGCGUUGUUGCAAAGAAAUGUGUUUUUGCAAGAUAGGCCGAAUUAUUUGAAUUAUGGAGCGAUUGGGUUUAUACUUGGGCAUGAAUUAUCGCAUGCUUUUGACGAUCAAGGUAGUACGUUCGAUAAAGAUGGAAAUUUCAGAAAUUGGUGGCCUGAAGAAACCAAAUCAAAAUAUUACGAAAAAGUCAAAUGUUUUGUGAAACAAUACGACAACUAUUUGAUCGAAGGAACAGAAAACUACGUAGACGGAUUGAUAACACAAGGAGAAAACAUAGCUGACAAUGAAGGUAUUCGACAAGCAUAUCGUGCUUAUGAAGAAUGGGAACGAAAUAAUGGUCCAGAACCCAGACUCCCUGGAUUGGAUUACACUCCUAGGCAAUUAUUUUGGAUUAGUGCGGCUAAUGUUUGGUGUUCAAAAUACGCUUCUGUAUACUUGUCGUUGACCGUGAACGAAGACUUACACGCUCCGGAUAAAAUACGUAUCCUUGGAUCGUUCUCUAACCAACGUGAAUUUUCCAGAGAUUUCGCCUGUCCGGCGGAUUCUUCCAUGAAUCCGUCCAAGAAAUGCUCUAUGUGGGAUUGAUGAAUUAUUUGUGAUUGAUUGAUUAAUUGUUGUUGAAUAAAGAUUUUUGAAUUGGUAUA